AUGGACCACCAGGAGCCCUACUCCGUGCAGGCCACUGCGGCCAUCGCUGCGGUCAUCACCUUCCUCAUCCUGUUCACUAUCUUCGGCAACUCCCUGGUCAUCUUGGCUGUGCUGACAAGCCGCUCGCUGCGCGCGCCGCAAAACCUGUUCCUAGUGUCGCUGGCCGCAGCCGACAUCCUGGUGGCCACACUCAUCAUCCCUUUUUCGCUGGCCAAUGAGCUGCUGGGCUACUGGUACUUUCGACGCACCUGGUGUGAAGUGUACCUGGCGCUGGACGUGCUUUUCUGCACCUCCUCCAUCGUGCACCUGUGUGCCAUCAGCCUGGACCGCUACUGGGCAGUGAGCCGCGCGUUGGAGUACAACUCCAAGCGCACCCCGCGGCGCAUCAAGUGCAUCAUCCUCACCGUGUGGCUCAUCGCAGCUGUCAUCUCGCUGCCGCCUCUUAUCUACAAGGGCGACCCGGGUCCCCAGCCCCGGGGGCGCCCUCAAUGCAAGCUCAAUCAAGAGGCCUGGUACAUCCUGGCCUCCAGCAUUGGCUCUUUCUUUGCACCCUGCCUUAUCAUGAUCCUUGUUUACCUGCGCAUCUACUUGAUCGCUAAGCGCAGCCACCGCAGAGGCCCUAGGGCUAAGGGGGGCCCUGGGAAGGGGGAGUCUAAGCAGCCCCGCCCAGUCCCUGGGGAAGUUUCAGCCUCAGCCAAGUUGCCAACCUUGGUCUCUCAACUGGCCACUGCUGGAGAGACCAAUGGGUGCUCUCAGCACACUGGGGAGAAGGAUGAAGGGGAGACCUCUGAAGACACUGGGACCCCCGCUUUGCCACCCAGCUGGCCUGCCCUUCCCAGCUCGGGCCAGGGUCAGAAGGAAGGUGUUUGUGGAACAUCACCAGAGGAGGAGGCUGAAGAGGAGGAGGAGGAGGAGUGUGAGCCUCAGACUUUGCCAGCCUCUCCUGCCUCGGCUUGCAGUCCACCCCUGCAGCAGCCACAGGGUUCCCGGGUGCUGGCAACCCUACGGGGCCAGGUGCUCCUGGGCAGGGGCAUGGGCACUUCGAGUGGGCAGUGGUGGCGUCGGCGGGCGCAGCUGACCCGGGAGAAGCGGUUCACGUUCGUGCUGGCUGUGGUCAUUGGCGUGUUUGUGCUCUGCUGGUUCCCCUUCUUCUUCAGCUAUAGCCUGGGUGCCAUCUGCCCUCAGCACUGCAAGGUGCCCCAUGGCCUAUUCCAGUUCUUCUUCUGGAUCGGCUACUGCAACAGCUCGCUGAACCCUGUCAUCUACACCAUCUUCAACCAGGACUUUCGUCGUGCCUUCCGAAGGAUCCUGUGCCGCCAGUGGACCCAGACAGCCUGGUGA